AUGACUACCCCCGCUUCCUCCGCUCCAUAUAAGCUGGGACUGAAUCAUGUGGGAUACACGACUCUGGUUAUCUGCAUAUUCUUUAUGGCAUUAUCUACCUUAGCCGCUGCGCUCCGCGUCUGGACUAGGGUAGUAAAGAGAGCCAAGUUUGGUAUUGACGACUGGCUUCUCAUCGCCAGUGUCAUUUUGUUCUUUCCAUUCUGUGCCAAUAUACUGGUCGGUGUCUAUACGAUUGGCAGUGGACAGACAUAUACCGACCCCCUCGUGCUCGCCUCUAAGUCGCAACAGUAUUUCAAGAGCGAGUAUGCUAUUCCUCCACUUUAUGCUAUCAAUGUCACUACCAUCAAACUUUCGAUCCUAUUCUUCUAUCGUCGCAUUUUUACUACCGAUAGCUUCUUGAGAAACAAUUACAUUGUCAUGGCGAUAUGCAUAGUUUGGUUUGUCGUUACCAUUAUCGGUGACCUACUCUACUGCAUACCCAUGGCUACAUUUUGGAAUCCAGAAGUCAAAGGGAAAUGUUUCAAUUUUCCACUAUACUUCUUAAUUAUGGAGCUUGUCGAUAUGUUGUUAGAUAUCGCCAUUCUUUGUCUUCCAUUGAAAAUCAUUCUUAGCCUACAUAUGCCAUUGUCAAAAAGACUUGGGAUACUCUGCAUCUUCCUUUUGGGAGCACUGGUCGUUGUUACCAGCGCCAUACGAAUCGGAUAUGUUUACAAGCCAAGUGCCUCACUACUAUCGCUAGCGCAAGCAUCUUUAUGGUCGGUCAUUAAUCUAGGAAUAGCGAUCCUCUGCGCUUGUUUACCGACAUACAAACCUCUUUUUGGCAAGUUUCACACUAUAGGCACUUCGCUUUGGACCAACCAUUUUUCUGCGAAUUCCGACAAAAGUACGACUAAGACCGCCUCCGAUUUGCACACAAAUCCCGCCGCUUACUAUUACAGAAUGGGGGAUAGCAAUGGCGAUAACAUUCAUAUGACGGGAGUUUCUACACAGAUACAGAGCGGCAAUAAGGCACCGAGCUUGCCUUCGGAUGGUGUACGAGUCCAGCGGGAUGUUCAUGUAUCAUAG